AUGCAUGAGGUCAGGAGGACUGAGCGCAGGAGCAAGAGGUCAAGAAAAAAGAAAAAGUAUAAUUCAUGGCUUGUACACAUCUUCAACUACCAGUGCUAUCUAACCUUCAUUACUGGCUGCUACACCUGCCAGUGGAAAGUCCAAAAGGAGAAAAGGCUUACACAUAAAUGCUGCUUCUGCUCUCAGAGGGAACAGAUAUUUUGCUUAUUUCUGAUUUUUUCGGCUGGCUUAUCUGUGCUUUUGCUGUUUGUGUGGCUAGAAUCUGCAAAUGAAUUUGUGGGCUUUGACUGGGUCGUUUAUCUAGGUACAGGAGUAUGGUUCUUCUGGUCUAUCGUUCUCCUGAGUAUCUUUGGGAUCCUGGCUGCCUAUUCUUUAUUACUGUUGCUAUUUGGAUUUUUGUUGAUUUGGGAAGGGUAUGAACUACAUCUGCACUGGUUUCAUAAGGUCCUGAUUUUGCUAAUAAUUCUGGCAGAGUUGUUUUUAUUGUGGCUUUUAUGCACUUACUGGAGAGAAAGGUGGCUGACAGUUGGGCUGUCACUUCAGGUCUUUGCUCCCUUCAUACAAUUUAGCAGCAUAUGUGUGAUGACUGCUCUUUCCUGGCCUAUGGUUGGCUACUUGAUACGUUUGGAAGGAGAAGUUCAAAGCAGAAGAUACCAGAUUAUUCAUUACAGGAGACAAACAAAGAAGAGCUAUAAUGUACUUAUAAAGUUGAGAGCUAUACAAGUGGCUGUUGGAUUGCCCUUUUUUUCCCUUCUUUUGUGUUUGUAUAUCACACCAUUUGGAAAAUAUUCUCCCUGCAUUCAGGAGAAAGACAAACUGGGACCCAAGCCAGACAUCUUUGGCCACAGAGGUGCACCCAUGUUGGGGCCUGAAAAUACCAUGAUGUCUUUCGAGAAAGCUGUCGAACAAGGAGCCUUUGGAUUGGAGACUGACGUGUACUUCAGUUACGAUGGGGUGCCUUUCCUCAUGCAUGACUAUGACUUGAGAAGAACAACCAAUAUCAGGGAGGUCUUGCCAAAUGCUGCCUUCCUAUCUACUUCCAACUUCACUUGGAAUUUCCUGUCAACUUUGAAUGCAGGCAAAUGGUUUUUGCAGUCACCGCCAUUUUACAAUAUGGAACCCUUAUCAGAGGCUGACAGGGAAAAAGCUGGAAAUCAGAUGAUUCCAAAACUGUCUGAAUUUUUGGAACUUGCACGAAAGGAAAAAAAAUGUGUGAUAUUUGAUCUUAAUCCCCCUCCAGCAAAACAUCCUUUCAGAGGCAUGUAUAUCCGUGAAACAGUACAGGUGAUCCUUGACUCUAAAAUUGAGCAACAUAUGGUUUUUUGGUUACCAGGUUUGGAUAGGACAUAUGUCAGGAACAAAGCUCCGGGUUUUCAGCAGGUGGGCCGGUUCAUCCCAGUGGAAGCCCUUGCAAAAGAAAAUAUAAGCAUAAUAAAUGUCGACUAUAAGAGAUUGUUCUCUAAUGGUUUGAGAGAUUAUAAAGCAGCUAACAUUACCAUCAACUUAUACAUCAUCAAUGAGCCUUGGCUCUACUCACUGGCCUGGUGCUACAGUAUUCAUUCGGUGACCACAGAUAACAUUCAGAAUCUAAGACACUUAAGCCACCCUUACUUCUUCAUGACACCAGGUGACUAUAAAUUCUGGUGGCUUUUGCUGGAUAGCAUUUCUGUAAUUUUUGUUAUUGCCGUAUUUUAUUAUCAUUGGUCUUCAGGCCCAGUGCCCAGCCAGGAGCCAAUCCCAGGCUGCAGUGGCAGCGCUGAGUCCGGCUACGAGACCACCAUGGGUCUGUGUCUUAUGAAGCUGCAGCAGGAGCUUCACUGA